AGCCGCGGCUAUGAGCUCAUUCCUGUCAGCCAAGUGCAGUGAGCAGGGAGAGAGACACUGCUGCUCCCUCAUCUCCUCUCUGGUCCAUCUGAGGGGCUCUAACAGCCCAGCAGGAGACACCAAAUCUGGGCAGGAGCCUUACCACCUCCCCCUUUCUGUCUGCUUGAUCCCCUGGGCCAGGCACUGCGUGCUUAGGGCGUGUGUGUUUGCACGUGUGUGUGUGAGAGAGGAGCCAAGUCGGUCACACAGACAGCAGGAAAACGAGCCGAGACAGCAUCCAUCUACUAUCUACCACGUCAGAACGAGAGGAGAGAGGGAGGAAGGAAGGAUAGAGCGGUAGAAUAAGAGACUGACGGAGGCAUGGAGGAGAGGUGUGUGUCAGCCAUGUGUGUGUGGAGCUGAGGCGUCAGUCACAGGCUCCGGCGAACGGACGGUCGGAGGGAAGGAGGACUGGAAUGUGGAUGUUGUCUGCCUGUCAGAGGGAAACGAAGCUGUGAGCUGGGGCUUAGCAGGCAGAUCUCUCUCUGUGUCUCUGUGUCUCUUUCUCUCCUCCCUGCACACAGAGGAAAGAAACAUUAGCUGCUAGCUCCAUCUCUCCGCUGCUCUGCUCAGCCGACGCUCUAUCUCUCUCUCCCUCUCCUCUCGCAUCCCUUCAUCUCUCUGCUCCAACCACAGUCUACCUGGAAAUGAUCUCACACUGGAUGUUGCAGUCAGACACUGCUUUGCUCGCUGAAUAGCAUCGGCUUGCACUAGGAAUUUACUAAUCAGAGAAAUGCGUCUGGUCCUUUGGAGAGCCAGUGGAUUUUACAGUGAUUCCCGUCCACCACUCGGGUAUAUAGAGUUGGAGUUUUGACACAAGCUCAUCUAAGCAGGCCUGUCAGAGUUGUGUGUCUGCCUGGGGGUUGAGGCUCCCUCCACCGUCCCUCCUCCACCCUCCUCCAUCAACACCACCACCACCAACACCACCGCUGGCUCCUCCACCGCUGGCUCCUCAGCCCAAGCAGAGCUGCUCCACUGCAUCUUUAAUAGACGUCUCUCAACGCAUUGCCUUCCAUGGUUUCUGUCCUGCUCCAGACCCUAUCAUCUUACAUCGUGAAGAUUUGCAAAGGAAUGUUUACAAAGAAAUUGGCGAAUCCCACAAAGAAGAAAGAGAGUAGGGACAAUAAAGAGCCCAAAUUGACCACCACUGAUUUGCGUGACCAAGGUAACCUGACGCCGACACUCUCCACCACUCUGAAAACCACAGUGAAAAAAAUCAGCAAAUGCUCUUCGGCGCGUAACAUCUCUCUUGAAUUAGACGACGGAAAAAACGACUGCUCAUCUCUCUCACCGACUUUCAGUUACCGUGUAGCGAUAGCGAACGGACUCCCGAAAAACGCUCUUCUGCUGAACAAUAAUGAGAGUAUCUUCCAGGAGAUCCUCUCCAUCAAUAGCGAAUACUCUGACUCCCUGAGCGAGGCCAAACCUGUGCGUAGAUUCGAUGAGCAGAAAUCUCACACCAUGCCAGUGAGACGGAACAGGAAGAGCCUCAUUAGUCUGGCGCCCUCCGAUGGCAGCUCAGAGGGUGAGAGGGUGGAGCGCUCAAGUCUGCACACUCUCCGACUUGGCGCAUUACGCAAGCUGAGGAAAUGGAAAAAGAGUCAGGAGUGCGUGUCUUCGGACUCCGAGGUGAGCAACUGGAGGAAGACCCUGGGUAUCCGGAGCAAAUCCCUGGACCGGGCUGGGCGGCAGCAGAAGUCGACCUCUGCCUUAGAAGCCGGCUCCAGCUCUACAGGCUGCAUCAACCAAACCCAGGAUGUGAUGGAGAUGAUCUUUAAGGAGCUGCAGGGCAUCAGCCAGAUCGAGACAGAGCUUUCAGAGCUCAGGGGACACGUCAAUGCCCUGAAGAACUCCAUCGACGAGAUCUCCUCCAGCGUGGAGGUGGUGCAGACCGAGAUCGAACAACUGCGUACUGGCUUCGUCCAGUCCCGUAGAGAGACGCGAGACAUCCACGACUACAUCAAGCAGGUCAGCCACCAGGCCAACAAGGCCAGCCUGAGGUUCAUAAACGUCCCUGAGGAGAAGCUAGAGAAAACUGAGAGUCUCAUCUAUCACAUUCUAAAGGACAAAAUGGGAUUUGUGGAAGCACAUAAAACACUUAAAAUAGAGCUAGCCCAUCGGUUAGGGCAACAAAGAGAAUGUUCCAAUGCAAAACCUAGGCCUAUUAUUGUAAUAUUCUCAACCCCCUCAGAUAGAGAUUUAGUUUUGAAAAAAUGCUACAAACUGAAGGGGACUGGUAUAUCUGUAUCCACUGAUAGCUUAACGACUCAUGACGUGAAGGAAAAGAAAGAUAAAGGAGCAAUGUCCUCUUCUCAAACCUACGAGAGCAUGGACAUUAAGGUCUCAGCCAAGGACAAAGCUGAGAGUGAUGACUGGGACUCUAUGGACAGUGACAAGGAGCUAGAUGAACUAAACAGGAACAAAUAUGCAAUGGUGGUGUCUAAGCCUGUUCACAAACAUAAAGCAGAUAAAAAGAGGCACGGUCACCAUGAGCACGGUAGCCGGUCUGCGGAUGAGGCAGGCUACUCUGCCUCAGUUCACUACGCUGAUGACUCCUAUGAUGAGUCUGACAAAGCCUCCAAGCCCUACUAUGGUGACCUCACCCCCGGCUGGCUCUCUCAGAGUGACUACUCCACCCCCAAGCUCAGCCGCUCCGAGUCUGACUGCUCCAAGCUCUGCCAGUCCUACUCUGAAGACUUCUCAGAGAGCCAGUACUUCAGCCGGCCCAAUGGCAGCUCUCUACUAUCCUCCUCAGACCAGGAGCUGUGGCAGAGGAAGCAGGAGGACAUGGCGUCAUCGUGGUACGCCAGCCAGACCCUCAGCCAGGAGAACCCUCCGUACGCCGAGCCCAACGAGGCUGAGACCACCGAGACCAUCGACAGUGGGGUGAGCAAUGGGCUGGUCUGCAUGUCUGGGGAUAGGAGCCAUUACAGCGGCUCACAGCUGUCUCUGCAGGGAGACCUUUCCCCAUGGAAGGACUGGCCUCACCUGGAGCAGGGAGCAGACUCCGGGCUGGACGCUUCCACAGAGCAGAACCUGGUGUCUGAGGUCAGCAGCCCCUUUGACCCAGCUGCCAUCCCUGGCUUCCCUGAGAACAUCACCAAGUGUCAGGAGGUGGACCUGGCAUUUGAAGGGGAGGAAACUUUCAUGUUGGAUAUGGUGGAAAGCACCCUGUUGGACACCGCCCCGCUGGAAAUCACCCGACUGGAGAGUGCCCGGCUGGGUAGUGCUCCCCCCACUACUCUUUAUACAGCCUCUAUCGUAGCGAAAGAACCUGUUGUAACACCCCCUGUCCAUAAGCCUAAAGCUAAAGAGACUGCUAAAACGCUUCCUAAAGAAACUUCUAAAGCAACUUCUAAAGCUAAAACACCUCCUAAAGAGGUUGCUAAAACUGUUCCUAAAGAGGUUGCUAAGACUAUUCCUAAAGAGGUUUCUAAAACUAUUCCUAAAGAGGUUUCUAAAACUAUUCCUAAAGAGGUUGCUAAAACUAUUCCUAAAGAGGUUGCUAAAACUAUUCCUAAAGAGGUUGCUAAAACUAUUCCUAAAGAGGUUGCUAAAACUAUUCCAACAGAGGUUGCUAAAAUUAUUCCUAAAGAGGUUGCUAAAAUUAUUCCUAAAGAGGUUGCCAAAACACCUAAAGAGGUUGCUAAACCUAUUCCUAAAGAGGUUGCUAAAACUAUUCCUAAAGAGGUUGCUAAAACUAUUCCUAAAGAGGUUUCUAACACUAUUUAUAAAGUGACUUCUAAACCGGCAAAAGAGGUUGCUAAAUCAAUUGCUGAAGAGGCUGCUAAAACUAUUAAACUAAGAGAAACAGCCAAAUUGAUUCCUAAAGAGAAUGUUAAAACACCUCCUAAAGAAAUUGUUAAAGCUAUUCAUACAGAGGCUCCUAAAACACCUCUGAAAGACACUCCGAAAACAAGCCCAAAAGAAACUCCCAAAACAAGUCCGAAAGACACUCCCAAAACAAGUCCAAAAGAGGCUGUGAAAAUACUUCCCAAAGACCCUCCUAAAACAAGUCCAAAAGAGGCUGUGAAAACACCUCCCAAAGACACUUCUAAAACUAGUCUAAAAGAGACACCUAAAAUGGUUCCUAAAGGGGCAUCUAACACGCUUCCUAAAAUGGCAGCUAAAGAAGCCCCUGAACUAUCUACCCAAACGUUCCCUGAGCUUGAUGUCAAACACAGCUUCCAACCGAGCCAGACCAAGUCAUCCACCAUGUACCGUAGCCAGAGCGAGAUCCGGUCUGAGAAAGUUGUAGAGGAGGUGCCCAAGUCCUGGAGCAGCCGCCUCAGCAUCGACCUCACCGACAAAGCUCCGUCCUUCAGCUUUGGGUUCGGCUCCACCCUGAAGAAGGCAAAAUCAGCCCUGGAGGUGGUGUGGAAGUCAGGCCCUCCACCUAGUGCCGCUCCCCCGGAGCCACCCCCAGACUCAGGCUCCUUCAUGGGCCGCUUCCGCACACUGUCCACCUCCACGGCCAACGACUCCAGCACCACCAUUGACUCAGACGUCUACACAGAUUCCUUCGUCUACAAGGCUGAAGAUGAAGAUGAGGCUGCCGCUGGUGACCAGCUGGAGGACAACGAGACCGCCUAUGUCGGGGUGAUGGAGCAGGUCCUGGCCAACCUGGAGAACCGGUCCAACGCCAACGACACAGAAGAGACAGAGGAGUUUGAGGAGCCCAUACUGGAUUAUGAUCCUGAUGCCUCUCAGGAUUAUGUCUCUGAAGACUAUGAGGCUACCACUCAGGAUUACGAGGACUCUGAGGAAGUUGAGGCCACCCAGGAGGCUGCAGUCAUUCUGGAGUAUGACUGUAGUCUGGACGAGCAGUACGACGAGGAGUACAGUGAGGAUUACGUUGAUGAUGCCAUGACGGGGGACACGGCAGAGGACACAGCAGAGUAUGAAGCCAUGGUGGAGUAUGUCGAGGUGGAGGAGCCUGACGAGGAGGAAGAAGAGGAAGAGGAGGAGGAAGAGGAGUUAAUGGAGGACAUGGAAGAAGGGGAUGAAAUGGAGGAGGCCUCCGAAGCUUCUGCGUCGGAGAGGACGGAAAACCUAGAGGAUGAGAACAAAAACAUUCCGGAGAAGGAGGAGAUGCCUGCAGAGGCUCCGCCCAAAAAGCGCAUCCGUCCUACGUUUAAGGAGGCUGCACUGAGGGCCUACAGGAAGCAGAUGGACGAGCUGCAGCAGCAGAUCCUGGCUGGAGAAAAACCUCCACCACACAACAAGCCUCUCAAUGUGCUGGAUCCCAAAGUACUGGGCCUACAGGCUGUCGGAGGAGCUGGCUGCAUUCUUUAUGGCAUUGACAGCAUGCCAGAUUUACGCCGCAAGAGGACCUUACCUAUUGUCCGAGACCUGGCUAUGACUCUCGCUGCUCGAAAGGCAGGCAUCUCGUUCGCCCUGGUGACUAGAUCGACCCUGAACAACGAGGACCUGAAACUGCACGUGUUUAGGAAGACGUUGCAGGCGUUGAUCUAUCCCAUCUCGUCUACGACGCCUCAUAACUUUGAGGUGUGGACGGCCACCGCCCCAACCUACUGCCACGAGUGUGAGGGCCUGCUGUGGGGCAUCGCCAGGCAGGGUAUGCGCUGCUCUGAGUGUGGUGUUAAAUGCCACGAGAAGUGUCAGGAUCUACUCAACGCUGACUGUCUACAGAGGGCGGUGGAGAAGAGUUCUAAGCACGGCGCUGAGGACAAGACCCUGAACAUCAUCAUGGCCAUGAAGGAGAGGAUGAAGAUCAGGGAGAAGAACCGGCCUGAGGUGUUUGAGGUCAUCCAGGAGAUGUUUGGGAUCUCUAAAGAGGACUUCACUGGACACCUGAAGACCGCCAAGCAAGCAGUGCUGGAGGGAACCUCCAAGUGGUCCGCCAAGAUCAACAUCACAGUGAUGUGUGCCCAGGGUCUGCAGGCCAAGGAUAAGACAGGUUCCAGUGACCCCUAUGUGACUGUCCAGGUAGGGAAGACCAAACGACGUACCAAGACCAUCUUUGGAAACCUCAACCCUGUCUGGGACGAGAAGUUCUUCUUUGAGUGUCACAACGCUACAGACCGGAUCAAGGUGCGUGUGUGGGAUGAGGAUGAUGACAUCAAGUCUCGCAUGAAACAACACUUCAAACGAGAGUCGGACGACUUCCUGGGUCAGACCAUCAUCGAGGUCCGCAUGCUCAGCGGGGAGAUGGAUGUGUGGUACAACCUGGAUAAGAGAACUGAUAAGUCGAUGGUGUCGGGAGCCAUCAGAUUGAAGCUCAACGUGGAGAUGAAGGGAGAGGAGAAAGUAGCUCCGCCCCACGGCCAGUACACCUGUUUACAUGAGAACCUGUUCCACCACCUGACGGAGGUAAAGAACAGUGGAGCGGUGAAGAUCCCAGAGGUGAAAGGAGAGGAGGCGUGGAAGGUCUACUAUGACGACGUGUCCCAGGAGAUAGUGGACGAGUUCGCCAUGAGAUACGGAGUAGAGUCCAUCUACCAGGCCAUGACGCAUUUCUCCUGUCUGUCCUCUAAGUACAUGUGUCCGGGGGUUCCAGCGGUGAUGAGUAACCUGCUAGCCAACAUCAACGCCUACUUUGCCCACACCACCACCGUCUCAACCAACAUCUCUGCCUCCGACCGCUUCGCUGCAUCCAACUUUGGGAGAGAGAAAUUUGUCAAACUUCUAGAUCAGCUGCACAACUCUCUGAGGAUUGAUCUGUCCAAGUACCGGGAUAAUUUCCCAGCUGGUAACCCAGAGCGUCUCCAGGACCUGAAGUCUACUGUGGAUCUUCUCACCAGCAUCACCUUCUUCAGGAUGAAGGUACAGGAGCUACAGAGUCCUCCCAGAGCCAGUAUGGUGGUGAAGGACUGUGUCAGAGCCUGUCUGGACUCAACAUACAAAUACAUCUUUGACAACUGUCAUGAACUCUACAACCAGCUACUAGACCAGGCCCGUAAGCAGAAUCUUCCCCGGGAGGAGCAGGGUCCGUCUAUAAAGAACCUGGACUUCUGGCCCAAGCUCAUCACUCUCAUGGUGUCUGUGAUCGACGAGGACCGCACCGCCUACACCCCUGUCAUCAACCAAUUUCCCCAAGAGCUGAAUAUGGGGAAGGUCAGCGCUGAGUUCAUAUGGAACCUGUUUGCCCUGGACAUGAAAUACGCCAUGGAAGAGCACGAUAAGCACCGUCUAUGCAAGAGCACAGAGUACAUGAACCUUCACUUUAAAGUUAAGUGGUUCCACAAUGAGUACGUCCGCGAACUGGCUGCCUUCAAGGACACCCCCCCUGAGUAUUCUCUGUGGUUCGAGCCGUUUGUCAUUCAGUGGCUGUCUGAGAAUGAGGAUGUUGCCAUGGACUUCCUACACGGAGCUCUGGGGAGCGACAAGAAGCUUGGCUUCCAGCCAACAUCGGAACAUGUCCUGUUCUCCUGUUCGGUGGUGGAUGUGUUCACUCAGCUCAACCAGAGUUUUGAGAUCAUUAAGAAGCUGGAGUGCCCCAACCCACAGGCCCUGGCUCACUUCAUGUGCCGCUUUGCUAAGACCAUCAACAAAGUUCUGUUGCAAUAUGCUGCAAUCAUAACCAAGGAUUUUGGCUUGUAUCUGAACCAGGAGAAAGUGCCCUGCAUCCUCAUCAACAACAUCCAGCAGCUCAGAGUUCAGCUGGAGAAGAUGUUUGAGUCCAUGGGAGGCAAACAGGAAGGGGCUGUGUCCUUUUGCAAGCUGGAUGCUGAGGCCAGUGAACUACUGAAGGAACUGCAGAACAAACUCAACAUCGUGCUGGAUGAGCUCAGUGCAGUCUUCGGCUCCAGUUUCAAACCGGUGAUUGAGGACUGUGUAAAGCAGAUGAACCAGGAAUUAGUCCAGAUGAAGGGGAGUGCUGCAGGGAAGAGCAACGCUGCCAUGGACGCUGAGACUGUCCUCAGACCACUCAUGGACCUCCUGGAUAAAAAUUUGAUUUUAUUUGCAAAGAUCUGUGAGAAGACGGUGUUGAAACGAGUCCUGAAGGAACUGUGGAAGAUCGUCCUCAACACUAUUGAGAGAAUGAUAGUCUUACCUCCUCUCAAUGACCAGAAUCAAGGAGCCCAGAUGAUUUUCAGUGCUGCCAAGGACCUGGGACAGCUAUCCAAACUCAAGGACCAUGUGAUCAGAGAGGAAGCCCGUAGCCUGACACCAAGACAGUGUGCAGCCAUGGACCUUGUCCUUCCCACCAUCAAGCAAUAUUUUCACGCCGGAGGAAACGGUUUGAAGAAGACGUUCCUUGAGAAGAGCCCUGACCUCAAGUCCCUCAAAUACGCUCUGAGCCUUUACACACAGCCUACUGAUGCCUUGAUCAAGAAGUAUAUAUGCACCCAAACCUCUCAAGGUCAGUCUACCGACAGCUCCGUGGGGGAGGUGUCCAUGCAGGUGGAUCUCAUCUCUCACCCUGGCACUGGAGAGCACAAAGUCAACGUGAAGGUGGUGGGGGUCAACAACCUAAGCUGGCAGACCAAUGCCAUGUUCCGACCGUUCGUGGAGGUAAAUGCGGUCGGGCCGCACCUCGCCGACAAGAAACGCAAGUUCACCACCAAGACCAAGAACAACAAUUGGUCACCAAAGUACAACGAAACAUUCCAAUAUGUUCUGAGCAAUGAGUACGGUCCAGAGUGCUACGAGCUCCACGUCUCAGUGAAGGACUACUGCUUCGCCAGAGAGGACCGUAUCAUCGGCAUGGCGGUCCUCCAGCUCAGAGACCUGGCCGACCAGGGGAGCUGCUGUGCCUGCUACCCCCUGGUGAAGAGCAUCUCCAUGGACGACACCGGACUCACCAUCAUGAGGAUACUCUCUCAAAGGACCAACGACGAAGUGGCCAAAGAGUUUUGUCGUCUCAAGACCGACAUACGCUCUUCAGAGGAGGUCGCCUCCUAGUAUGGAGAUGUGAUGGAGGGAUGGAUGGAAUGAAUGGAUGAUUGCAUGGAAGGGAAGAGAGGAGGGGAAGAGAGGGAGGGAGGCAAGGGGAAGGAAGGAAGGAAGGAAGGAAGGAAGGAAGGCAGUUGAGGAGUUGUGUUGUCUGUUUUUGUGCAUGUGUGUAAAACAUCUGUUGGAAUGUUCAUUUUAAACUACAGUAUGUACCAGUGUUUACUUACCGUAUGCUCAAUAUUAAGUACUAUAUUCAACGAGUUAUGUUAACGAGACAUGAAAUACCUUUUUGUACAACAUUUAGAUUUGUUCCGAUAAAGUGCCAAACCAGAGGAAAAAAAGUACAACAACAAAACAAACAACAAAAGAUAAUAGUGAUGAAUUAUGGUGAUACUUAAUAUGUUUGAUGAAAAAUUUGCUUGAUUAUUUGGUUCAGUGUAAAAUCAUUGUCUCAAAAAAACGGUGGUGUUUUAAUCGUUAAAAAUCGUUCAUUUGCACCCUGUUUUGUUACUCGUCCCCUCACACAGCACUUGUUGUGCAUGUCCCGUUUACAACCAUGUCUCUUCUAUCAUCUCACAGUGACCACAGGGUUGGGGUCCAUGUACCCUGGCCCUAAAACUCUUUGUAUUUAAGCCGAAACCUGAAAAGAGACCAUUUUUUUAACGGCGAUGACUGCUAUGUAAACCUUCAUAGGUGUUUGUAAUUUUAUAACCAUGACAACAACGAAAAGCCUCCAGUGCUGUCAGUCAACACAGAAAGGGUGGAUCCUAUUUUUUCUUUUUCUUUUUGCCUGUAAUCUUUCCGUUUGGCCAUCGGCUUCCAGCCUUUCUGUACGACCACUGUGAACACGAGCUUUGGAAGGCAAGCCGACAUAACAUUGCUGACGGUUUGAUAUUGUUGUUUCAUAUUUAUUAAGAUAACUUUGUUCCUGAGAAACUGCCAAAGUUAUAUAAAAAUGUUUGUACAAAAGCAAUCCAUUACAUGUAUGAAAAAUAUAUAUGUACAUGUGAACUAUUUACUUUUACAAUGCUAAAUAUCUGAUUGUUGAUGGGGCGGUUCUAGAACAAUUUUUUUGAGUUUGUGUGAAGCUAUUUACAAGAUUUGAGAGUCGCAAAAUGUUACUUUACACACGAGUUGAAUUGAGCUUCUGCCAUUUGGUUUAUUUUUCUUCAUAAAGGAAAGAGUCUAACAUUGGGUAAAUAUGCAACAUUCCUAUGUAUUGCACUGAUGGCGAAUUGUAUGUCAUGUAAAUAUAUUUAGUGAGAAAUUGUACAAAACAAA